CAUGAACUAUCCCACCCAAGUCACUAAGAUUUCAGGUACCUCGCUCUUGGCCAGUUUCAUAGCUAGCUACAAGAACGGAACAUGAAUUCCUGGUAUGAAUUCGAAGUCGGCGGCGAGUCCGAUGUUCUCUUCGAUGAACUAAGGAAGCAAGUCUUACAAUUGACAGCAGAUGAUGAUGAUGAAGAGUUUCCGGGAUUAAUUCAAGGAAGCUGCAGCAGAUAUCUAAAAAACGAGAGAGACCCAAAUAACAAGUCGUCGGGAUCCUCAUCAGUGGUGCAACUUGGAUGUGAGUAUGAGUGGACAGGCAGCAUGGAUAGAAGCAAAGUGCCUCAGUGGCUCCUAGACCUGUGGAGAACAGAGAACAAAGAUGCAGCAGCAAUGUUCAAUGGAACUGGGGUGUUCAUACCACAUAUUGUCAACACCAGAAGAAGAUACAAGCCAAGGAAGAAGAACAAUGAAAGGGGAAGAGUGUACAAGCCAGUGGCUAAAGUCAACUAAUUCAUUCAUUCAUUCUAUCUGUUUCCUAUUGCCAUCAAGAAGUAGUGAAUAAUGUUAUCUUUAUUCUUUUGUGUAAAUACGAAGAUUGAAAGAAUCGAAAUACUGUUGUUGCUUCUAUUCCUUGCAAUCUAAGUGAUCAAAUAUUGCGAUAAUUAUUCA